AUGGCAGCGCCCAUGAACAGUGAGAUCGAAAGUGUCUCACUUUUUAAUCCUCGUCCCCUAGUACUUCACGGCUAUGUAUUUCCUUUUAUUAUACUCUACAUAAGUUGGUUAUAUUGUUGGUUUGGCGUUUAUGGUAUUGAAGACUAUUUCGAAGCUGGAGUGAUCGCCGUCGUAGCCAUUGGAAUUUUACAAAUUUUGGUGUGUCUUUUUUGUCAUUGGUCGGUACAUAUAAAAUGUGCCCUCACGUGUAAUCGGGCGAAGGAUCCUUAUCAAGCAUCAUUGGUGAAGAUUGUGCCAACUGAAAAUAAUGGAUUUCCCUUAGUGGCUGAACUUCACCAUGAAGAGAAUGAAGAGAAACCAACCGUUGACAUAUGGUUUAAUUUUCAAAAAACCAAAUAUAUCUAUGAUGCAGAAGAAAAAAAACAAUUCUUGGCGGUUAAGUUUCCAGUGGAUCACUCCAUGGAAUUUUAUCAGGGCUGGAAAGGAUAUAAAGAUGAAAUGGAAAUUUUUAAAGCAGUUAAGCAAUAUGGAAGUAAUAGUGUUGUCAUGGAAAUACCAGAGUUUUCUGAGUUAUUUAAAGAGAGAGCUACAGCUCCAUUCUUUGUUUUCCAAGUAUUCUGUGUUGGUCUAUGGUGUCUUGAUGAGUAUUGGUACUACAGCGUGUUUACUCUAGUCAUGCUGGUUAUGUUUGAAGCUACACUUGUCAAGCAGCAACUCCGAAACUUACAAGAAAUCAGAAAAAUGGGAAACAAACCCUACUUUGUUAAU